CCCACAACUUUCUGUCUCUCUCUCUCUCUUCAUCCUCACCUACGCUCUCCUCUCUCUUUAAUUUGAAUAUCUUGAUCAACUUGCAGACGCGCAUUGUAUUUUUGUUUUCCAUUUAUCACUGUUUGUUACAAAACCCACCAAAGCCAAAACCUUUAGCUCUCCAUCUUUGAUUUCAUCCAUUUUCUUAUUCUCUAAUGCCCUUUUGAUCAAUCCGUCAUUCCAGGGCAGCUGGUGAUUGCUUUUGCUAGCAUGGCAUCAAGUAAUUUAUUCUUUGAUGAUAUACGGAGCAAAGUUGAUGUUGAUCCUCCUCAAAAUGAAGAGUCAACAGAUGUUGGUGAAUUAGUAAAUGAUCCUGGACAAACUACACUUAAACCUAAUGGUACUGUUUCAAGCAGUGUUCGUGAGCUUUUAGAGUGCCCUGUAUGCUUGAAUGCCAUGUACCCUCCAAUCCAUCAGUGUUCAAAUGGUCACACAAUAUGCUCUGGUUGCAAACCCAGGGUCCAUAACCGGUGCCCUACUUGUAGGCAUGAGCUUGGCAAUAUCAGAUGUCUGGCACUGGAGAAAGUGGCUGCAUCUUUGGAACUUCCCUGUAAAUAUCAAGGUUUUGGGUGCAUUGGUAUAUAUCCAUAUUACAGCAAGCUAAAGCAUGAAUCACAAUGUGCAUAUAGACCUUACAACUGUCCAUAUGCUGGUUCAGAAUGCUCUAUUAUGGGUGAUAUACCCUACCUGGUGGCUCAUCUGAAAGAUGACCACAAAGUGGACAUGCACAAUGGUAGCACUUUCAACCAUCGCUAUGUCAAAUCAAAUCCACAUGAAGUUGAAAAUGCCACAUGGAUGUUGACGGUCUUCAGCUGUUUUGGUCAGUAUUUUUGUCUACAUUUUGAAGCUUUUCAGCUUGGAAUGGCUCCUGUCUACAUAGCCUUUUUGCGGUUCAUGGGUGAUGAUAAUGAAGCAAAGAAUUAUAGCUAUAGUUUAGAUGUAGGUGGGAAUGGGAGGAAGAUGAUUUGGCAGGGUGUGCCAAGAAGCAUCAGGGACAGCCACCGCAAGGUUCGUGACAGUUUUGAUGGUCUCAUCAUUCAGAGAAAUAUGGCCCUUUUCUUUUCUGGCGGUGACAGGAAGGAGUUGAAGUUAAGGGUUACUGGUAGGAUUUGGAAAGAACAAUGAAUGGAUAGGAGAUGAUGUCCUUCAACUAUCAAUGAUAUUUAGGCCAAUAGUUUGUAGUGCAAAGUCGUUUCUUGUAGUGAUAUGUACCUUCUGGUCAUGUAAUUGUCUUUUGCAACUUAGGAGGCAAACUCUCUUUGCUUAUCCUCACAUCAAGUACAUGAACAGGAAGUUGUACAUCGUAUCAUUAUGAUAAUAGAGAUGUAGAACCUUAAUUUGCUCUCUCU